AUUUUGUGCUUGUAGAAUUGUUUAAAUAUUUUUGUUGCUCACAGCUGAUCAUAAAUUAUGGUGUCGAAAGUUUCUCGCGAUACGAUUUACGUUGCAGUCAAAAAUAUCCUGCUGAACUCGCAGGCCAAAGGACCAGACUGCCUGGAGACGGUGGAGCUGCAGAUUGGGCUGAGGGAUUAUGAUCCUGACAAAUGCAAGCGGUUCCAUGGAAGUGUACUAUUGCAUCACCUGGCGGUUCCACAACUAAAGGUCUGCGUCUUCGGGGAUCAGGAGCACUGUUAUAAGGCCAAAGCCAUAGGAGUUGAUUGCCUAGAUGUGGAGGCUUUGAAAAAGCUGAACAAAGAUCCCAAGUUGACAAAGAAGUUGUCCAAAGCUUACGAUGUCUUCCUGGCCUCCGAAUCGAUAAUUAAGCAGAUCCCAAGGCUACUGGGUCCUGGUCUCACCAAUGCGGGCAAAUUUCUUACUCCUUUGGCUCGUGGCGAAUCUAUGAGUUCCAAAAUCAAAAUACUAUCUACCAAAAAGAAGCAUAUGAAAAGGAUGGAAUGUCUUUCCGUUAAUGUUGGCCAUGUUGGCAUGCACCCAGAGGAACUAGCUCGAAACAUAGCAAUAUCGAUCAACUUUUUAGUGUCCUUGCUGAAGGAUAACUGGCAGAAUGUGCGCUCACUUCAUAUAAAAUCAUCGUUGGGCGUACCUCAUCAGCUCUAUUGAAAGUUUCCUAAUCGAAAGUGUAAAGAGUAGUGUCUAUUUGUGUAAAGUAUGCGUGCAAUAAAAUUUCAGUAUUAUU